CUCAGACAAAAGCAUCAGUAGUUCAUUGAGACAGAUCACCCUUCAGGGGCUUUAAUUCAACAUUGCUUCUUCUUACAGCAUCUUUCGUUCAAGCCACUGUUCUCCAACGAGCUAUAAAUUGCUAAAUGCAAAAGCUGAAAAAAGGAUGGAUAAACGGAACGGCAAAUUCAUGAUACACACACUUUUUGUGCAUUUAUUUCCAUUGAUUAGGAACUAGGAUCUUCUCGUUUUGCAGCGCGGGGCACACAUCUUUUUCUGGAAAUAUGUGUAUGUGAGAUUAGUCGGAUAGUCCGACUCACGGACUCUGUUAGAGAACUGUCUGUUUUAGGUUCAUUGUAGUUUGUAAGCAUGAGUGUGCAGUGGAUUCAUAAUCCGGUACCGGGAAGACACGGACACAAGCGCUUUGACACGGACGAGCCUGUGGCCAAAUGUCCUAGGCUCAGCGAGUCUUCGGCUGAUGCGGGUCUUUUGGUUUCCUCGCCGGGAUCUCCGGUCAGCGGAGCUCCUCUGAGCGUCACUCCAACCCACCAGGGUCCCACUCGCAUCGGGCAGUUCCUGCUGGUUCCACUGACCGAUCGACCGGGGGUGCACAGCGCUUUAGACAUGGACACAGGAGAGGAACUGGUCUGCAAAGUGUUUGAUAUGAGCCAAUACCAGCAGAAGAUAAGCUCCUACAGCAUGCUGUCAAAGCACAAGAACAUUGCACAGAUCAAAGACAUAGUUCUUGGGGAGCGCAAAGCCUAUGUGUUCGAGGAGAAGGAUUUUGGCGACAUGCACACCUUUGUAAAGAGCAGCAAGAGGCUUCCUGAAGACCUGGCCUCCAAGCUUUUCUUCCAGGUGGCAUCCGCAGUGAACCACUGCCAUCAAGUUGGCAUUGUUUUGGGGGACCUCAAGCUUCGCAAGUUUGUGUUCUCAAAUGAGAAAAGGACCCAUUUGAAGUUAGAGGGUCUUGAGGACAGCCAUAUUCUGUCUGGAGAGGACGACUCGAUGUGCGACACGCACGGAUGCCCAGCAUACGUGAGUCCUGAGAUCUUGAAUGGUGGAGGGAGCUACUCAGGCAAGCAGGCAGACGCAUGGAGCCUCGGCGUUAUGCUGUACACAAUGCUGGUGGGCCGCUACCCUUUCCAUGACCUGGACCCCGCUACUCUGUUCUCUAAGAUCCGCCGGGGUACAUACUGCCUCCCCGAGGGGCUGUCUUUAAGGGCACGCUGUCUACUUCGAAGUUUGCUCAGAAAGGACCCCAGCGAAAGACUUACCGCCGCAGAGGUGCUUAUUCACCCGUGGUUCAAUGGCAAAAUACAGGAUACAGUAAAUGCAGGAAAUGAAGUUAUCCUCAGAGAACAGACAGUGCCCCAGAUAGAAGUGGGGCAGGACGAGGAUCUUUUCUCCUGAGAAAACCAAUAUAGCUUGAAAAUGGACCAACACUGUUCAGCAUUCUCUUUGUUUUGUUUUCUGUGUUUUCUGUUUGUUUUCUGUUUUGUUUCAAAUGCAUUUUGUAUAGAUAAAGAAGUAUAAACACAGUAAAAACAAGUGUAUUCUGUAUCGAUAAGGCCGACUAAUCGGAUGAUAUUUUGCCAUUUUGAGAUUAUCGGCAUAGGCUGAUUAAAAUUCUAGUUUAAGGUAUGACUGUGUGUAAUUUAUUUUGUAGAACAAAACAUGCAAGUCUUUUCAAGUAAUGUAAAAGGGUUAGUUUACCUCAAAAUUAAAAUUCGGUCAGAAUGUCUUUCUUAGGUGCUGACAGCCUCAGUCACCAUUUAGUUUCAUUGUAUGUAACAAAGAUGCAGUGAAAGUGAAUGAUGACAGAGGCUGUUGUUCUCAUUUUACAUUCCAUGGAAGAAAGAAUUAUUCCUUUAACUACACAAAUAGACAAAAAAAAAAAAAAAACUAUUCUAAAAAUAAUGUAUCUAAUUUACUAUAAGUAAAUUACAAUUUUAUAUAUCUGCAUUGUUAUGGCUAUCGGCCAUACAUAUCGACAUCGGCCAUUGAAAAAAAAUCCAUAUCGGUCAACCUCUAGUGAAUACUCACUCAAAGUACUGUAUCAUCUGUGUCAGGUUAAAGGACAGCGUGCACAGCCAGUGUAUUUUGAAGUUGUUUGGUGCUAGUAACCAUUGUUGUGCUGUAUGAAGUGAAUGCUGAGUCUUGGCAUUAUGGCUCACGUGAAAGCGAAUGUCACAUGGUGACUAACCUCAUCAAGAAGAAUCAGAACAUACAGUAUUAAUUACAAAGGAGGGGCAUUGACAGACAUGCGCCAGACCUGUGGCUUCACUCUUACUCUCAAAACCAGAAGUGUAUGUUGACUCUGCCAUUGAAUACUGUGGCAUGAUAAGAUAUGAGGCGAAUGGAGACACACAUCCACACAUUUAUUCUCUCUAUACAUGCAUUCAUGCAAUAAGUUGUUCUAAAUCACGGAUACUGUGUGUCAUUCUGACUUGCGCUGUGCCAAACUGUACAGGAAACGUGUUUAAAAGUAAGACUCAUUGUACUGCAAGCUAUAUUGAAAUACUUAGUUGUAAAGGUAAAAGCCAUAGAUUUUUCAAGUCUGCAUGAAUUUCAAAUAAAAUGUUUGUGGCAAGCCUUUAGAUUUGAAACUGCAAAAAAAAAAAGAAUUAUGAGGAUUUUGUUCCCCCACCCAACCUCCGACCCUCAUGACAUCCCAGAUGUUUGACUAUUUCUUCUGCUGAACACAAAUGAAAAAAUGUUUUGAUGAAUAUUUCAGCUCUGUAGGUCUACACAAUGCAAGUAAAGGUUGAUUAAAACUUUGACGCUACAAAAAUCACAUAAAGGCAGUAUAAAGGCCAUAAGACUCCAGUGGUUAAACCCAUGUCUUCAGAAGUGAUAUGAUUGGUGUGGAUGAGAAACAGAUCAAUAUUUAAGAUUAUUUUUUACUCUAUUUCUCCACUUUCACAUCUUAAAGUCACAUGUGAUAACUGUUUAGUUUCACUUUCAUCUCUGAAAGUGUAAAUGGAGAUUUAGAGUAAAAAGGGAUUAUCAAUCUAUUUCUCACCUGCACCUAUCAUAUUACUUCUAAAGACAUAGAUUAAACCACUGGUGUUUUAUGGAUUACCUUUAUGUGCUUUUUGGAGCUUCUAGAUUCUGGCCAACAUUCACUUGCACUGUAUGAACCUACAGAGCUAAAAUAUUCUUCUAAAAAUCGUAAUUUGCAUUCUGCAAAAGAAAGUAAGCCAUGUUUCUGGAAUGGCAUGAGGGUGAGUAAAUGAUGCAAGAAUGUAAAUCUUUGGGUAUAACUAGACAUUGAAUAUAGAAAUUUAGUAACUAUAUAUAUAUGGCAAAUUAUAUUAACAUGAACAUUUUAUAUACAGAAUUUUAAUAAAUAAAGAAAAUGGCAGAACACUUAGAGAUUGCUGCUUGUGCUAUUACACAUCAUUCCUAAUUUCAAAUGUAACCCUCCCCUUAGAUUUCAUUGAUGCAAAAUCAUCAGUGACUUAGUCAAAUCUGCCCAGCAAUCACAUGGUUGAUUCUUAUAUUUUCAAGACCACUGAGUCGAUCCUUUAUCUUAUGUUUGUUCAGAAUGUAAGAAUGCAUUAUGAACAUCUAUGAUCCUAAACAUUUAGAGCUUUUUAGGCUGAGCAGCCUGUCAGGAACAACUCGUGACACCUUCCCCCAUCGCGAUCUUGCGAGCUCUGUGCGGGGGCGAGUCACAGUGUGGCAUGAUUUGGGGCACCUCUCUCCCAUCACGAUCUUGCGGUCUCCGUGCAGGGGCGAUCGAUCAGGUAUCAUGUCGUUCGGCCUCAGAGAGCGUUGCCGCCCUAGGCGCCUGCUUAUAUCGCCUUAAUGUUAUAUGCGACUCUUACGGCUUGUGAAAGGCUCUUUUUAAGCAAAGUCUCUCUGAAGAUGCAGGGCAUGCAAAAUGUAUAUCUCAUGCACGCUGCACACGGAGAAAUCUGACACAGAUGCACAAAGUUCAUAUUGCACUGUGAAUUAUGCAUUUGUGACACAAACCCCAGGGCUGCCCGCGAGGGAUUAACGAUUCAAAUUCAUUGUAAAAAUGUGCCUGUGUAAAUAUGUACAUUUUAAAUGUGUGGAUAAAAUGGAAUAAAGAUCACUCUUUUCAUUUUUUAAGUUUGUGGCUGAAUGAAAAGUGGUUUCUUAAGAAGAAGAAAAAGCAUGUGACCAAACACAGAAUCUUUCUUGAUUUACACAUUUGCCAGAUGCUUUUGUCCAAAGCAACUUUUAGUGCAUUCAAGAUAUACAUUUUAUCAGUAUGUGCGAUCCCUAUAUGGGAAAUGAACCCCAAACCUUUUGCUAGCAUCAUGCUCCACCAGUUGAGCUACAAGUAUGCCUUUCUAAAAUUUUGCAUUAACUUUUUUUUUUUUUUCCACAUGUGUGCUCAACAGAAUAUUUCAGUCUAUUUUAAAAUUCUCUCAUCAUUUACUCACCAUCACGCCAUCCCAGAUGUGUAUGACAUUCUUGCUUCUGCAGAACACCUGAAGAAAAUCUCUUCAGAGCUCUGUAGGUCCAUACAAUGUAGGUGAAUGGUGGACAGAACUUUGAAGCUCAAAAAAGCACAUUAAGGCCACAUAAAAGUUAUCCACAUGACUGCAGUGGUAAAUCUAUAUCUUCAGAAGCGAUACGAUAUGUGUGGGUGAGAAACAGAUCAAUAAUUAAGUCUGUUUUUACCAUUAAUUCUACUCCCUGCCCAAUGGGUGACGAGAUGCACAAAUAAUGUGAAUGGCAAAAAACAAAGAAUGUAAAAGUGGAGAUUUAUAGUAUAUAUGACUUAAAUAUUGAUCUUUUUCUCAGUCACACCAAUAAUUUAGCUUCUGAAGAUACAGUACAGAUUUAAACACUGGAGUCUUAUGGAUUACUUUUAUGCUGCCUUUGUGUGCUUUUUGGACCUUCAAAGUUCUGGCAACCAUUUAUUGUACUUUAAUUAAGAGGACCUACAAAGCUGAGAUAUUCUUUUAAAAAUCUUUGUUUGGGUUCAACAAAAGAAAGAAAGUCAUACACAUCUGGGAGGGCGAGUAAGUGAUGAGAGAAUUUUAAUUUAUGGAUGAACUAUCCCUUUACUUCUCAAGUAAUUAUUUUCCCAUUUUAAGGGAAUAGAUAUUUUUACUGAAAAAAAGGGAAAAAAAACUCAGUAAGAAAAUUAUGUUUUUGCAGUGCAUGUACAGUAUGUUUAAUUUAUAAUGUAUA